AUGCAGGCACGGAUCCCGCGCUUGGCGGACACUCGCGUGCUGCUUGCUGCUGUUUUCUUGGGACGCGACGGUCGACUUCAGCGCGGGCAGUCCAUCGAGAAAAUGCACAUACCGAGGUGGUCCACGGCAUCGUGUCGCCAGGUGAACCGAAAUGCGGCAUUCAGGAUACGGACGUCUCAACUGCGUCCCUGGCCGUGCCUGCAGUUGGUGAGAGGCAACUCUUCUGCGCCACCAAGCCAAGUCGUCGUUGAAGGACGAACAUACAAAACAGACGAAUGGAUGAACACACCCCCAACAAUCCUUGACGCCAUACCCCGACGCCUGCACCUCCAACCAGACCACCCUCUCACCAUCACCCGCAAACUCAUCGAGUCACGCUUCCCCGGCUACAAAGCUCACAACGGUCUAUUCCCCAUUGUCUCUACUGCCCAGAACUUCGACUCCCUGGGCUUCCCACCGGACCAUGUUGGCCGGAACCGAACCGACACAUACUACCUGAACAAAGAGACCGUACUGCGCACCCACACCUCUGCUCACCAAGCCGACACCUUCCGCGCAAACGAGACCGAAGGGUACUUGAUUAGCGCAGACGUUUACCGCCGCGAUGCCAUUGACCGCUCCCACUACCCUGUGUUCCACCAAAUGGAGGGCGCACGAACGUGGGACCGUUCCCAGGCUGAAAAGGAAGGUAGAUCCCUCGCAGAAAUAAUCUGGGCCGACGUGGACAAGAUCCCAAAACACAACGUCGUAGUCGAGGACCCAAACCCCACGAUGCAUGCCGAGCGCAAUCCACUACAGACCACACACUCCGCCGAGGAAGUCGAGGCCAUCGCCGCGCACCUGAAGCGCAGUUUGGAGGACAUGGUCAUCACCAUCUUCAACGCUGCCAAAUCCGCUUCAAUUGUAGAAACAGAAGCUGACGAGCCGCUGAAAGUCCGCUGGGUGGAAGCGUACUUUCCCUUCACGUCGCCCAGCUGGGAGCUCGAAGUCUGGUGGCAAGGUGAGUGGCUGGAAGUGCUGGGAUCCGGAGUUGUAUCUCAGCCCAUCCUGAACAAUGCCGGUGUGUCUGAACGCGUAGGCUGGGCGUUUGGUCUCGGUCUCGAGCGUAUCGCCAUGCUUCUGUACUCCAUUCCCGACAUUCGACUCUUCUGGUCCAAGGACACCCGCUUCUUGAGCCAAUUCAGCGAAGCCGGACCGAUCAAGACGUUUGUCCCCUUCAGCAAAUAUCCCGCGUGUUUCAAGGACGUGAGCUUCUGGCUUCAGCCCAAGAAGAGCGCUGCAGGGGGUGCGGGCGCAGGUGCGGCUUCUAUUCACCCACCGGCAACAGCACCUACGCCAUCCCCGUCAGAUUCUGCAACUAGCUCCUCGACGAUCAUACCUCCUGCAGCGCCAGCUCCUGCAGCGCCUUCGUUCCACGAAAACGAUGUCAUGGAAAUCGCGCGCGAGGUCUGUGGCGACCUGGUCGAGGAUGUAAGGCUUGUGGAUGAGUUUGAGCACCCCAAGACCGGCAAGAAAAGCUUGUGCUACCGCAUCAACUAUCGCAGCUUGGAACGCACGCUCACCAACGAGGAAACAAAUGCAUUGCAUGAGCGGCUGCGCAGUCUCCUCGUUGACAGACUGGGUGUGGAGCUACGGUAG